AUGGCAACAAAACACAUAGCAACCUGGGCCAACGAGCUGAACUACUCGGAUCUUCCGCAAGAUGUAAUCCAGUCGGCCUCCCGAAGCUUCUACAACUGGGUCGGCUGUGCUAUCGGUGGAAGCGACCACCCUGCUACCACCAUUGCUUACAAUUCCCUUUCCCCGUUCUUUGGGCCCCCUCAGUCCUCACUCCUUGGCCGAAAGGGAGCCAAAAUCGACGCUCAGCAUGCAGCACUCAUCAACGGCAUCGCAUCCCACGUGCACGACUACGAUGACACGCAUCUAGACACCAUUAUCCACCCCACUGGCCCCGUAGCUAGCGCUCUCCUCGCAGUCGCGGAAUGGAAAGGUGGAUUCUCUGGGAAGGAGUUCUUGCUUGCGUUGAUUGUGGGGAUUGAGGUGGAGUGCAAAUUAGGUUUGGCUGUGUGGCCUGAGCAUUAUGAUGUUGGGUGGCAUAUUACCUCAACAACAGGCUCAAUUGGAGCUGCCGCUGCUGUCUCUAAGCUUCUUGGGUUGUCAGUGGAACAGAUGAAUCACGCUUUAGGUGUUGCAGCAACGCAAGUAAUCGGACUCCGAGAAGUGUUCGGCUCACACACGAAAUCCUUCCAUCCAGGAAGGGCUGCCCAGAGCGGAUUAAUUGCUGCCGUCCUGGCACAAGGCGGGUAUACCAGCAGCGAGACCGCCAUUGAAGCCAAGCGCGGAUGGGCGAAUGUUGUUGGAGCAACAAAAUCCUCCAUCCCUGAAAGUCUAGAAAAGUGGCUAGGAAUGGAUAACCAAGACCUAGGACUUGCAAGUACCAACGGCGGGCGGUGGGAGAUUUUGAGGAACAGCUUCAAGCCGUAUCCAUGUGGGAUCGUAAUUCAUCCCGUGAUCGAUGGGUGCUCACAACUUCACCGGGAUAUCGCGAAACUCAGGUUGGAGGUGGCCGAUAUCAAGGAAGUGAAAGCGAAAGUGCAUCCACUUGUCCUAGAAUUGACUGGCAAGCGAAAGCCGAAGGAUGGAUUGGAGGGGAAGUUUAGUGUCUUUCAUGGGGGCGCGAUUGGGUUGAUAUUUGGUAAGGGGACACCUCGUCAGUAUGAGGAUGAGGCUGUGAGAGAUCUUGCGGUUAUUGAAGUGAGGAACAAGAUUGAGUGUGUGGCGGAUACGACGAUUGCUGCGGACGAGACGAAGAUUGUGUUGACGAUGGUGGAUGGAAACGUGCUGGAGAAGCAUGUUAAGUAUGCGGUGGGGAGUAUUGAGGCGCCGAUGGAUGAUCAAAUGUUAAGGCAGAAGUUCGAGGAUCAGUGUGCGGCCGUUUUGGGUGGGGGAGCCAGGUCAGCUAGUACGAAGUGUUGGAAUGUUGAGGAUAUGUCGGAUAUUGCUGAAAUUGCCAGAUUGGCCUAG